AGGACCGCAUCAGAUGCUGCGGGAGCUCGCUGCUGUAAGGCUGGGCCGCACAUUCUCCUGUUGAGUGCUCGUUAAGUUUUUUCGUUUCCGCGCUUUCCUUCGUUCCUCUCUCUCUCGGCGAGGUUUGUUGCUAUGGCGGAUCAGCUGACGGACGAUCAGAUCUCCGAGUUCAAGGAGGCCUUCAGCCUCUUCGACAAGGAUGGAGAUGGUUGCAUCACAACUAAGGAGCUGGGAACUGUUAUGAGAUCACUGGGUCAAAACCCCACUGAAGCUGAACUGCAGGACAUGAUCAAUGAGGUUGAUGCUGAUGGUAAUGGAACCAUUGAUUUCCCAGAGUUCCUUAACCUUAUGGCUCGCAAGAUGAAAGACACCGAUUCCGAGGAGGAGCUCAGAGAAGCUUUUCGAGUCUUCGACAAAGACCAGAAUGGUUUCAUCUCCGCUGCUGAGCUCCGCCAUGUGAUGACCAAUCUUGGCGAGAAACUCACUGAUGAGGAGGUUGAUGAGAUGAUCCGUGAGGCUGAUGUCGAUGGCGACGGCCAAAUAAACUACGAUGAGUUCGUCAAGGUUAUGAUGGCCAAGAGGCAGUUGAAGGCAAACAUGGCAAGAUCGCCGGUUAGUAGCCCACGCACUCCUAACAAGCUUAAGAAGUGUUGCAGCAACUGUACCAUCUUAUGAGCAACCAAUCUUAAGCGGUUUUAGCAAUUGGAAUAACUGAAAUAUAGUCGGAGGAAAGCAAUGGAUGUCUUAGUACUUGACGACAGAUAUAGCCAAUCUGUACUGUAUAGGAAUUAAGAGUGUAAAUAAGUUGAUGAGCUGAAGGAGUGUUGCCCUCCUUAAGCUUUCUUUGCAUUAGUUACAAAGCCUAACUGGGCUCAAUGGAAUUUUGUAUCAUGAAAUGAAAUUUUAUAUAGUUCAUUUGUGGAAA